GACCUUCGGCCGGAAGUACCAGGUUCCGGAGCCGAUAGCGCUGAAAUUCGAGUUACUGCUGAAGGAAAUCCCGAAACACCAGCCCGGAAGAGCGUUCUGGUACGUGCGGAAGACAAAGCAGUUCAUCUCCAAGACCGACCCAUCAGUACGCGAGCUCUGCGGCGAGUCGCCCGGAACCGCGCAGCCGGAUAAUCGUGACGAGCGUCAGUGUGUCCCGGUCCCCACCGCGGAGCAAGCACGGAAAACGCUGAACUUCUACCUGAACCGCGCGAACAAGUAUCAAAUGUAAAAAUGUCUGGGUCUGGAAGAAUUCAUGUUUGUCAUGCUUGUCUGGCAUGAUUCUUAAAUCUGUCAUGCACGUUACCCAAGCGCUCCGUUUUUUUGUGAUGCAGAAGCGCAGUUUGUCAUGCAGAAUAGGCAACACCUAGGAGCUCAGAAACUUGUCAUGCUGAGCCAGCAUUUGUAGCCUCAUCAUGAGACGCCACCCAGCAUCACAAGUUUCCAGACCCAGACAUUUUUACUUUUGAUAACAAGGGACGGGUGCUCAGCGUGUCGCUUCGUUUCGCUGCGGCGGAGCAGAUGACCGCCAGGGGCGAAAAUGAACAGUCG